AUGGUAAUCAGCAAAUCAGGAUCUCAGUACAAGCUCACAUAUGAUGCAAAAUGUGAUAUUUUUGGAGCCGUAUGGCGAGUUUUAGGAGCCAACAGCUCUGCUCAAAGAGUAUUUGGUGAAGCCUCUGGGUUUUCCCUUAUCCUAACAACACUUCAUAGUUUCCAUGGAGAUAAAGGCCACGUCAGCCAGUCCUCAUCAACAGUCUGCAUGAAAGUUUUCACAUAUAUGUUACGUGUCAUAACUUGUGGAACAUCCAACAAUGCUGUUAAUAGAACAAAACUACAUGCGAUUAUAUCUUCACAUACUUUCUGUGAUGUUCUAUCCGAAUCUGGAUUGAUCUGUAUGGAGUAUGAAAAGCAAGUGAUGCAGUUGUUCUUUGAACUUGCUCUUGAGAUUCUCCUUCCACCCUCCUUCAAACCAGAAACUAGUGAAGCAUCUGAUGAUCUUGACAACGUCUCUAGUACUUUCCGAAUAAUCACACCAUCAGCUUCAGUUCAUCAUGAUAAGCACCACAUAUAUAAUGCUGCUGCAGUGAAGGUUCUCAUCCGUUUAUUGCUGCUUUUUAGUCCAAAACUUCAAGUGGAGUUUUUGAAACUUCUAGAAGAACUUGCUCGUGCUAGCUCUUUUAACCAGGAAAGCCUUACCUCUGCAGGUUGUGUGGAACUUCUUCUUGAGACAAUAUAUUCUUUUCUUUCUGGUUCAUCCUCUCUACUUCCCCAUGCUUUAAGAAUCAUUGAAGUACUUGGGGCGUAUAGGUUGACAUCAGCAGAGCUUCGAGUGAUUAUAAGAUAUAUUUUGCAAGUGAAACAGAUGAAAUUGGGUCAGACUCUUGUUGAUAUGAUGGAGAGGUUUACAGAUUCAGAAAGCAUUCCUCUUGCAGCGUUUAUAGAGAUGGAUAUGAGCAAAUCGGGGCAUGCUUGUAUUCAAGUACCAUUAGGCGAGAGGUCAUGGCCCCCUGCUGCUGGUUACUCAUUUGUUUGUUGGUUUCAGUAUCAAAACUUGUUGAAAUCAGAUGCCACAACAACAGGUCAACAAGUCAUGCGAAUAUUCUCUGUUGGUGGUACAGAUGUUAGUAGUAACAAUAUGUUCUAUGCAGAGAUUUAUCUUCAAGAUGAUGGAACAUUAACCCUAGCAACCAGCCAUUCGUCUUCAUUAUCUUUUUCAGGAUUAGAUAUAGACGAGUACAGAUGGCAUCAUCUUGCUGUGGUACACAGCAAACCGAAUGCAUUAGCUGGACUAUUUCAAGCUAGUGUUUCACAUGUGUAUCUUAAUGGAAAACUUAGACACACAGGUAGAUUAGGCUACUCUCCAACAUCUUCUGGGAAGUCUCUCCAGGUAACAAUCGGGACACCGGUUGCUUGUGCAAGGGUCAGUGACCUGUCAUGGAAAAUCCGGUCUUGCUAUCUGUUUGAAGAAGUAUUGACACCUGGUUCUAUUUUCUUUAUGUAUAUUCUCGGCAGAGGGUAUAGGGGUCUUUUCCAAGACACAAAUUUGUUACAGUUUCUCCCAAACCAGGCUUGUGGUGGUGGAAGUAUGUCCAUUUUAGAUUCCCUUGAAACUGAUUUGGCAUUGGCUUCUUCUUCCAACACACAGAAGCCCGAGAGUGCUAAUAAGCAAGACACCUCUAAAACCGAUCGCAGUGGCAUUGUUUGGGAUCUUGAAAUAUUAAGAAAUUUCUCGCUACAGCUUUCUGGAAAAAAACUAAUAUUUUCAUUCGAUGGAACAUGUACAGAAGCUUUCAAAGUAUCCGGAACCUUGUCAAUGCUCAAUUUAGUUGAUCCAUUGUCAGCUGCUGCUUCACCAAUCGGAGGUAUACCGCGAUAUGGACGCCUUCAUGGAGAUAUUUAUGUAUGCAAACAUUCUACAAUAGGCGAAACAAUGCGUCCCAUUGGUGGAAUAGCCCUUAUUUUAGCCCUUGUUCAAGUAGCUGAAACCAGAGACAUGCUGCAUAUGGCGCUAACACUUUUUUCUUGUGCACUUCUCCAAAAUCCUCAGAAUGUCAGAGACAUGCAAUCAUAUAGAGGAUACCACUUGCUAGCACUUUUACUACAUCCAAAAAUGUCACUAUUCGACAUGCAUUCACUCGACAUCUUUUUCCAGAUAGCUGCUUGUGAGGCUUCAUUUCAUGGACCAAAAAAGUUGGAAAAAACUAAUAAUAUGUCACCUGUUGAGCCUGUCAAAGAAGCCAGCUUUGAGGACCUGUCAAAGUUUCAUGAUGAUGCUUCUUCUGGUGGUUCACAUGGAGAUAUGGAUGAUUUUUUAGGGAAUAAAGAUGCUUUCAGUCAUAUCUCAGAACUCGAUAUAAAUGUCGACUUACCAACAGAAAUAUCAAACUGUGUUGUUCUUUCAAACCCAGAUAUGGUUGAACAUGUGUUACUAGAUUGGACUUUGUGGGUAGCAGCAACAGUUCCAAUACAAAUUUCCCUUCUGGGAUUUCUUGAAAAUCUAGUUUCAAUGCAUUGGUAUCGAAACCAUAAUCUUACAGUUUUGCGUAGGAUAAACCUUGUUCAGCAUCUGUUAGUGACACUUCACAGGGGUGAUGUUGAAGUUCCUGUGUUAGAAAAGUUAGUCACUCUGCUAGGAGUGAUUUUGAAAGAUGGGUUUUUGGUUUCUGAACUGGAACAUGUUGUUAGGUUUGUGAUCAUGACCUUUGAUCCACCGGAGCUGACAUCAAGAAAUGAGAUUUUAAGAGAAUCAAUGGGGAAACACAUUAUUGUUAGAAACAUGCUGCUUGAGAUGCUAAUUGAUCUAGUAGUGACCAUUACAUCAGAAGAGCUUCUUGAACAAUGGCAUAAGAUUGUCUCCUCCAAGUUGAUAACUUACUUUUUUGAUGAAGCAGUUCAUCCUACAACUAUGAGGUGGGUGAUGACUCUUCUUGGUGUGUGCCUCACUUCUUCUCCUACUUUUUCUGUCAAGUUUCGGACAGGUGGCGGGUACCAAGGUCUGGUGAGGGUGCUUCCUAGCUUCUAUGAUUCCCCUGAUAUAUAUUACAUACUGUUUUGUCUCAUAUUUGGGAAACCCGUUUAUCCAAGAUUACCUGAAGUUCGUUUGCUGGACUUUCAUGCCCUUAUGCCAAGUGAUGGAAGUCAUACAGAGUUGAAAUUUCUUGAACUUUUAGAUUCUGUGAUUGCCAUGGCGAAAUCCACAUUUGAUAAGUUGUCCAUUCGAACAAUGAUUGCCUAUGAAACUGGUGCUGCUGGGCUUGUUGCAGAGCUUGUGGAUGCAUGUACAGAGAUGACAGGAGAGCUUCAGGGUGAAGCUUUGAUGCACAAAACUUAUGCUGCCAGGAUUAUGGGUGGAGAUGCUUCUGCUCCUGCUGCUGCAACUUCUGUCCUAAGGUUCAUGGUUGAUCUUGCCAAAAUCUGUCCUCCUUUUUCUGCUGUGUGCAGGAGAGCUGAAUUUCUUGAGAAGUGUGUGGAUCUUUAUUUCUCUUGUGUCAGGUCGGCUCAUGCUGUGAAGAUGGCAAAAAAGCUGACAGUGAAGUCAGAAGACAAAAAUCUAAAUGAGUGUGAUGAAAGUCCUAGUUCUCACUAUAGCUUGCCACUUGAUCAGGAACACUAUUCUAAAACCUCCAUAAGUCUUGGAAGCUUCCCUCCAGGCACAAGUUCUGAAGAUGCUCCUGUUGCUGCCACAACCAAUUCCGAUGGAUAUCAACCAAAUAACAUAACCUCGUCCCCACUGGAAUCACACAAGCCGGUUGAAGUAGCUGAUCAAAUGUCCACUGCGGAAUCUGACACUAAGGAUUUCAGUUUCCAUGAUCAGAAAACCACUCCGGAAUCAGACAAGCCGGUUGAAGAAGUUGAUCAGGUGCCCAUUGCAGAAUCCGACACUCAAGAUUUCAGUUUCCAUGAUCGGAAAACCACUCCGGAAUCAGACAAACCGGUUGAAGUAGUUGACCAAGUGUCCAUUGCAGAUUCUGACACUAAAAUUUUCAGCUUAGAUGAUCAGAAAACCACCCCGGAAUCAGACAAGCCAGUUGAAGUAGUUGACCAAGUGUCCACUACAGAAUCCGACACUAAAGAUUUUAGUUUCCAUAGUCGCAAAACUACUCGCCAAGGAAGUUCACUGAGUUGUGUGUCGUUAAACAUAUUUGAUUCUCCAUAUUUAUCAGAAAAAACCACCGGGGUCCACAAAGCACAAUCUUCAUCACAACUUUUUGCAAUGAGUUCAUGGCAAAGUCCCAAUUUCAACGAAUCAAAACCCAAGUUAGCUCCAUCUCCUUCCAUGGCAUCUUCUGUAUCCAUGACUCUAUCUCUAAACGAAUACGAUACAUCUUCAGACUCCAAACGAACAACCCAACUACAAAAUCCCACAGACACAUACUUCCCAAUCAACCCACUUCUGUUACUCGAUGCAGAUGAUUCCGGUUAUGGAGAUGGUCCCUGUUCAGCAGGAGCAACUGCCAUUCUGGAUUUCAUGGCAGAAGUUCUUUCCGAUGUUGUAACCAACCAAUUAAAAGCUACAGCAGCAAUCGAAACCAUUUUGGAAAACGGCCCUUUGUACAUUGAUGCUGAAUCUUUAUUAGUUUUUCAAGGUUUGUGUCUUAGCAGACUGAUGAACUUUCUAGAAAGACGAAUCUUGCGUGACGAUGAAGAAGACGAUAAGAAACUUGACAAGGUGCGAUGGUCAUCGAAUUUAGACGCAUUAUGUGUUAUGAUUGUUGACCGUGUUUACAUGGGCGCGUUUCCGGAACCUUCCGGAGUACUCAAAACCCUUGAGUUUUUAUUGUCGAUGCUGCAGUUAGCAAAUAAAGACGGUAGAAUCGAACAAGCAGGCCCACCCGGGAAAGGAAUCUUAUCAAUAGGGAGAUCAAAACAACUCGAUGCUUAUAUACUUUCGAUGUUUAAAAACAUGAAUCGAACGAUUAUGUACUGUUUUCAUCCACAGUUCUUGAUCUCAGUUGGAGAAGAUGAACUUUUAUCACGCCUUGGUUUGCAAAUCGAACAGAAACAAAGAUUGGUUUUCCAUGGAUCUGAAGAUGGAGUGAUUGAUAUCAGCACAGUGUUGCAAGUACUUGUGGCUCAUAAACGAUUAAUUUUCUGCCCUAGUAACCCCGAUAACGAUCUAAAUUGCUGUCUGUGUAUAAACUUAACAUCUCUUUUACAUGAUCAUAGACAAAACGCACAAAACUCAGCAGUUGAGAUUCUCAAAUAUCUUCUGCUUUACCGGAAAACCGCUUUGGAAGACCUUCUAGCCUCGAAACCGAACCAAGGCCCGGUUUUGGAUGCUUUUCAUGGUGGUUUUGACAGACUUGUGACAGGGACAACAUCGUCUUUUUUCGAUUGGUUCAACACAUCUGAGCUUCUCGUUAGCAAGACGUUAGAACAAGGUGCUGCAAUCAUGUGGGUCCAGUAUAUCUCUGGGUCUGUAAAGUUCCCGGGAGUUAGAAUAAAAAACAUGGAUGCUCGUCGGAAAAAAGAGAUUGCUAAAAAGUCAAAGGAGUCGAGAAAGUUUGACCAAAGACAUUGGGAACAAAUAAACGAAAGAAGAAUCGCAUUGGAAUCGGUUUGUGAUCAAAUGUGUACAGAAUUGAGAGUCGUGAGACAAGAUAAAAACGGAUGGGUGCUCCAUGCUGAAAGUGAAUGGCAAACACAUUUACAACAACUUGUACAUGAAAGGGGUAUUUUCCCAGUUCUCAAAUCGGUUUCAAUCGAAGAGCCCAACUGGCAGCUUUGUCCAAUCGAAGGUCCGUAUCGAAUGCGGAAAAAGAUCGAACGGUGUAAAUUAAAAUUCGACAUGAUUGAAACGAUUUUAAACGGGGAGUUUGAAGGUGGAAGAGAGUUUUUGUUGACUAGGGAGAAAGACGAAAUUGACCUCGGUGGGUCUGAUUUUUUACCUCAUGAAUUGUUCGAUGAGGAGUUGUAUGAUGAUUCGGUUUUUAAAGAAUCUGACAAUGUGAAAGACGCGGGGUCCACUAGAAUCGGGUGGAAUGAUGGAAGAGACAGAGAUGACAGUGUUUAUGAAGCAAGCGUACAUUCAGCUGCAGAAUUCAGUAUCAAAUCAAGUACACUCGCUCCGCCUUCAUUGAGAAGGGAUGCUUCGAUAGUUUCUGAAAACGUUCGAAUAACAACAACAGAGGAGAAAGUUGAGAAAGAAGUAAGUGACAAUGGGGAGCAUUUGAUUAGACCUUAUCUUGAACAUAACGAGAAAAUAAAAUCAAAAUAUAAUUGCGAAAGAGUCGUGAGUCUUGAUAAACAUGAUGGGGUGUUUCUAAUAGGAGAACGUUCCCUUUACAUUAUCGAGAACUUCUACAUCGAUGAUUCCGGAUGCAUAUGUGAAAAAGAAAGUGAAGAUGAUAUCUCGGUUAUCGAUCGAGCUUUGGGGGUUAAAAAAGACGCGUCUUUAAGCAUGACAAAUUCGAUGAUGUCAUGGGACACGAAUGGGAAAGUGUCCACUGGGGGCAGGGCGUGGGCCCACAAUAGUGGGGCAUGGGGGAGGGACAAGGCCAUUAAUAGUAGCAAUGUACCUCAUUUAUGGCGGAUGUGGAAGGUUAAUACUGUCCAGGAGAUUUCAAAACGUGAUUACCAGUUACGUCCUGUUGCUGUUGAAAUAUUCAGCAUGGAUGGAUGUAAUGAUCUUCUUGUAUUCCAUAAAAAAGAGAGGGAGGAAGUUUUUAAAAAUCUGAAUGCAAUCAAUCUUCCGAAAAACACCAUGUUGGACCCGACAAUUUCAGGAGCUGUGAAACAGGAAAGCACGUUUAAGAUUAUGGAGAAAUCAUUCUCCAAGAUGUGGCAAAAUGGGGAAAUUAGUAAUUUCCAGUACUUGAUGCAUGUGAAUACACUUGCGGGCCGGGGGUAUAGUGAUCUUACUCAAUAUCCGGUUUUCCCUUGGAUUUUAUCGGAUUAUGAGAAUGAGAAUUUGGACUUCACCAAUCCGGAAACGUUCCGGAAGCUUGACAAGCCUAUGGGAUGCCAAACAAUGGAGGGGGAAUUGGAAUUCAAGAAAAGGUUUGACAGCUGGGAUGAUCCAGAGAUUCCCAAGUUUCAUUACGGGUCCCACUAUUCUAGUGCUGGAAUCGUGCUGUUCUAUCUGAUAAGGCUGCCUCCAUUUAGUUCAGAAAAUCAAAAGCUUCAGGGGGGGCAGUUUGACCAUGCUGACCGACUUUUCCAUAACAUACAUGAUACAUGGUCAAGUGCUGCUGGAAAAUCCAACACCUCAGAUGUUAAGGAAUUGAUCCCAGAAUUCUUUUAUCUGCCAGAAUUCUUGGAAAACCGUUUUCAUCUUGACCUCGGGGAGAAACAAUCUGGAGAAAAGAUUGGAGAUGUGGGAUUGCCUCCUUGGGCCAAAGGUAGUGCUAGAGAGUUCAUCAAGAAGCAUAGAGAGGCUCUGGAAUCUGAUUAUGUUUCAGAGAAUUUGCAUCACUGGAUCGAUCUUAUAUUUGGUUACAAACAACGAGGGAAGGCGGCUGAGGAAGCAGUUAAUGUUUUUUACCAUUACACAUACGAGGGAAGCGUAGACAUAGACGCAGUAGCCGAUCCCUCGAUGAAAGCCGCAAUUCUGGCUCAGAUUAACCACUUCGGUCAAACACCGAAGCAGAUUUUCCACAGGCCUCACGUGAAAAGAAAAACCGAUCGAAAACACCCCCUUAAUCCCCUCAAAUUCUCCCCACGUCUCAACCCACACGAGAUCCGUAAGAUGACGCCACCAAUCGCCCAAAUCGUCACCCUAAACGAUAAGAUUCUAACAGUGGGCCCAAACAACUUUAUCAAGCCCAGAACCUUCACCAAAUACGUCGCCUGGGGUUUCCCGGAUCGGAGCUUAAGAUUCAUGAGCUACGAUCAAGACCGCCUCCUAUCCACCCAUGAAAACCUUCAUGGCGGCCAUCAGAUCCAGUGCGCGAGUGCCAGCCACGACGGUCAACUGUUAGUCACCGGCGCCGACGACGGGAUGGUGUGCGUGUGGCGGAUUGGAAGCUACUGUGGGCCCCGCGCACCGCGAAGUUUAAACCUACAGCAGUCGCUUUGCGCCCACACCGCUAAGAUCACACGGAUCUACAUCUCCCAACCCUACAUGAUGAUUGUCAGCGGUUCCGACGACUGCACCGUCAUCAUGUGGGAUUUGAGUUCGUUAGUUUUUCUCCGGCAGCUUCCGGAAUUCCCUUUCCCGAUCUCUGCUCUGUACAUGAACGAUUUGACCGGAGAAAUCGUGACUGCCGCCGGUGUUUUGCUGGCGGUUUGGAGUGUGAACGGAGACUGUCUAGCGGUGGUGAACACGUCUCAGCUUCCGUCUGAUUUGAUUCUGUCGGUGGCGACUUGUACGUUUUCCGAUUGGGUGGAAACGAACUGGUACAUAUCGGGUCAUCAAAGUGGGGCGAUUAAGGUAUGGCAAAUGGUUCAUAACUGUUCGGAGACUGCCCGAACUGCCCACAAGCAUCCUUCUGCUCAAGUGCAUUGUGGGUUAGGGAUUAGAGGGGGUAAAGUGCCUGAAUAUACGUUGGUGCUGCACAAGGUGCUUAAGGGGCAUAACCACCCGGUUACUGCACUUCAUCUUUCAAGUGACUUGAAGUUGUUGUUGAGUGGUGAUUCAGACGGGCAUUUGUUUUCUUGGACAUUGCCCGAUGAGACCUUAAGAAAUUCUAUUAAAUGGGGGUGA